UCUCAAUUAUAUUGUCACUCCCUGAAUCAGUAUUUAUCUAUCUUCAUCUAAGAACGUUUCAAUUUUGUGUACUUUUUAAUGGCUACCGAAGCCUCUGCAUAUUUAGAUUCAAAAUUUUUCCAAAAAGCUUUGGAAGAAGGAUUUCGCGAGCUUGGUAUAAUCAUCAAUAACUUUGAAGUCGUUGAUGCUGGCAUAGGCGGAGAUAACUAUUGCAGUACCAUUUAUCGGGCAAAAGUCGAUUACCAACGUGGUUCGAAAGGAUUUCGUGAAAAUAUAUCGCUAAUAGUGAAAAGUAUGCCAAAUGUGAAUUAUGGAUUUCUAGAACGUUUGCAAGUUUAUGCAAAAGAAAAAGUGUUUUACAUGGACAUUAUGCAUCGCAUGGAAGUGCUAAUUCCUAACAAAAUUCUUAUAUUGGGCGCCAAGCAUUUGUAUUCAACAACAGAUCCUGUGCAGACAAUUGUUUUGGAAGAUCUUACAACUCAUGGUUUUGAGAUACAAAGUCGUCAAUUGGGCUUGGAUGAGGAUCAUUGUUCAGUGGUUUUGAGAAAACUCGGUCAGUUUCAUGCUUUAUCCAUGGUUUUAAUGAAAAAGGACACAACUAUUGCCCGAAAGUUUCAAAAAGGUUUACUUCAUGAAGAAGCUGUAAAAUCAGGUCCAUUUGUUGGACUUUUUGGUACUCAACUUCAAAAGCUGGCUUCAAUUUCAACAAAUUGGGAAGGUUUUGAGGGAAUCUCUCAUAAACUCUUUAGAUUUUUCGAAAACUUUUCAGAAAAUGUUAUGAAAGCUGUUUUUCCCCUGAAAGGACUUGUAAACGUACUCAAUCAUGGUGACUUGUGGGUUAACAAUUUGCUCUUCAAGCGAAUGGAAGAAGACGAUUCUAUCGAUAUGCGAAUGAUUGAUUUCCAAUUCAGUUUUUGUGGUAGUCCAGGAUUUGAUUUGAAUUAUUUUUUAUACACGAGUCUCCAAUUGGAUGUUCUUAUAAACAAACGCGAUCAACUUAUUGAAAUAUAUCAUCAAUCACUUGUGGAUACUUUGAAGGAGUUACAACAUGAUUUCAUUCCAAGUCUUGAAGAUAUUCAAAAUGAAAUUCUUAAGAAAGAGUUAUAUGGAUUUUUUGUGUCCUUUGCUUUCUUUCCAAUGAUGUCGAUGCAUAAGGAAGAUUCUGUUGACAAUAGUCUUGAGGGGAUGCAAGACUCAGAAAUUGCAAAGAAAAAAAUUGAAUUAAUGUUUACGACGAAUAAAAGAACUCUCGACACUUUGCGAUAUGUACUUGAUCGGUUUGAUCAAAUCGGGAUAUUGGGUUAGGUUGGAAGUUAUUUGAAAAAAAAAGAGAAUUAUUAUAAUAAAAAUGCAUUUU